CGCGCGAGUUGAUCGCGGCGUGAGUGUAGGAGCCGCCAUGUUUUCGUGAACACUAUUUUUCAACUCGGCGUGUGGCAAUGUGGGCUUUGCGUGCAGUGUGUGUGUGCCUCGAUCCGCGCUCGAAAUUGGGAUGUUAUCGCCGACAUUAGUGUGCCUUAAAUCUGCCCCUUCGACUGCGUCGUCCACCGAAGUUGUGUUGGAGUUGCGGCUGCUGUGACUUACUGGGACCCAAUUGACUUCAAGAGAAGAUGGGGAAAUGCCUGCACACGUGACCUCGACGCAAGCAAGAUGUUAAGGUAGCAGUGGGAGCCCGACUGAAGUGUGCGCUUGGCAGAGGCGACGGAGCCUAUACAGCAAGCAGCGAGUGGUGGUUGCCCCAUUUUGCCACAACAGUCACUGCCUUUGACCAUUGAUGCUCGUUGUUUAAGUGAUCUCGUUAGUGCUUUGACAUCAUGUAGGCGUUUUCGUGGGUUUCCAGAACGUGUGCCGACGCACGAGUGGCCAGCUCUUCGUUUCGCAUUCCAGCAUUGAAGCAGCAGUGUGUGUUGUGGCUGUGUGCCUUCGUCGUACGUUUGAGCCAUAGGCCUGCCUUCAUUAUGCGAGGUGCAGCAAUGGCAAGACUUGAAAGGUGACAUUGUGAUGACUGGCCGUGCCUGCCACUGUGUUCCGUGUGGUGUGAGUGUUGCUGCGACGGUGUGCGCACGGCUGCUGCUGUGGGAGCUUCAGCUGCUGCUUCACUUCUGCCUGCCUGCCCUGCCUCUAUCCACCGGAUACUCUGCAAAGACGGCGAAACUGUGACAGCUGCGUCCCCUGCUGGGUCUCUGGCAAAGGCGGGGUCUACAACGCCUGAACGUCGUGGAUCCCGGAGGCCUGUCAUGGUCUCUGGAAGGGGGUGCAUCUAAUGGCGAACCACCAGCAACAGCCAGCGCAUGACUUCGCACCUUCCUGGCUCAAGAUACCCACCUAUGACACAGCGAAGAACUCAGAUGCCUCCCACCACAACGCUCGGUCUGAUGAACAUCGGCUUGGCUUCCAUCGUCGAUCAGGAGGAAGCUUGCGGUCUGGUUUCCACAGUGAUGGCUACCGGGAGAGAGACCCAGGUGGUCGCCAGUCCCCACUGGGUGAUGGUCGGGGCCUGCCGUUCUCGGCGCGGCAUGCUUCAGCAGAUGCUGAGGACCGGCUCUUCCACCACUCGGUGCCGAGCAGCGGUGCACAUAAGGCGACGCAGCCACCGCGCCGCCCCCACAGUCGGCACGAUUUCCGUGACUUCCUCCAGCCUGCGUACCACAAGAUGAGUCCCAGCGCUGUGCAGAGCAGUGACAACUGUGCCAAUGCCACGGGCACCCAGGUGGGGUCUGCUGCCGUCUCCCAGCGCAGUAAGAAGGAUCUACCUGGCAACAACUUCAACCAGGAAUUUCCCACGUUGCUGGGUGCAGCUGAAGCUCCUGUGCAACAGCCACCAGUCGUCAACGGCAGUGUUUGGGAGAACCCACGCAACUCCAAGGUGCAUGGGACGGUGCUGAAGAAGGUGCACCUGGCACAGCGGCCCUCGACUCGGACGGAGGCUGCCAGUCUGCUUGAAGUGCGCUCCAAAAGCCCCAACUCCACCUCAGGUGCAUCACCUUCUGUCGUGUCAGCGGCCGGCGCCCUCAGCCCCAAGCUGGGUCGCCCCGCCAGCCUGACUGCCCCUUUGCCAGCCAUCAAGAGUGUGUCGGCCUCGCAGAACUCCCUUUACAAGGCUCUGCUGCCGUCAAAUAAGAAGGGCCAGCUGGUGCACGCCAUGGAGAUCCUGGUGAAGCACCCCAAGACCAAGGGCAACAAGGGGGACUUCCUCAAAGCACUGCGCUCCGCUGACGGCAAGGACGAUGAGACAGCGACGGCCAAGGAUGCAGGUGGUGACACCAUGGACCUGCAUGACCGUACCAAUGGUCACGCCGAGGUGCAGAAUGGCCCGAGGGGUGAUGAAGGCAGUGACUUGGAGCCUCCAACGUGCGACGUGGAAAAGCUGUCGCUCGAGACACCCGAACAUACGCCACUGUCUAGUUCGCUGGAAGCGGAGCAGAGGCUGCUGCGGGAGAUGGGCUGGAAGGAGGAGGCCUCGGAUGACGACGCCUACGCACCACUCACCGAGGACGAGCUCCGCGAGUUCCAGUACCUGACCAAGAUGCGCCAGGAGAAGCAGCAGCAGCAACAGCAGCAACAACAGCCACAGCGCAAUGGCAUCCAGCGUACUGCAGCAGCUCUGCCCGACCGUGCUGCCCUCUGGAGUCCGCGCCGUGCAUGCGGCCAGGCCUUCACCAACUUGGCGGUCCCGCUGGGCAAUGGCUGGAGCUCUUCGUCAUCUUCAUCCGACACAGAAUCCGACAGCAACUGACGAGGCACCACUUCGACCCGUUUCCUUGCUUCUGCCAGUUUUGCCUGCCCCCUUUGUUUACUUGCGGACUGUAUUCCUGGAGAGAGACUCUGCCCUCCCCCCACCUGCUUUCUUUGCCUUCUUUCUGAACACUGUCCGAUGGUGGUAAGAGUUUCUUAUUCACCACUCACCCCUGCGAGAGUAGCCAACAGGGAGCUUAUGUCUCCUCGUUUUUAGUCGUGACUUUGGGACAGCUGCGGCGGCCUGCCCCUUACUGUCCCUGCUAGUGCGCUGAGAGUGUGAGCAUGUCAUUGUGUGACUGCCGCUGUGAGAGAGAUUCGCCUGCGUGAAGGACAGCAGUACGUUGAGACCUUUCGGCGUGAUGGAUUUUGGCGACUGUUCAUGGGGGCAAAGUGCUUGUCGCGUGCACAUGCCUGUCCAUGGCUCGGCCGAAACAAAUUUGUUCCUUUGUCUCGUUCGUACCCCAGCGUUGGCUGCCUUGACGACUGCAAUGCUCGUGCUGCCUUGUGUGACAUGGGCCCAGCUUUGUGAGUCUCUCUUUUGUCUUUCAUGCGCUACAAUGUGCCAUGUUCAUCCGUUUCACCUUUAUUUUUUUCCUUGUGUUUUCAUUGAAUUGUCUUGCAGGUAGCUACUACGCGAAGGGUUAUAUUGUGGGCAUGGGGAAUAUUUCUUGAAUUGUGACCCUUAUUGAGGCAGAUUGGAAAUUGUGAUGCAAGUACUGCACAGGUAUGCAAGUUUUGCUACUGCCACGUUCCGCUAGUUGGGAGUUCGAAGAAAAAUACGACAAUUGAAUCCGCUUUGCGGCAGCCCGUUGGUGUUGCCCAGGCCCUGAGAGGGUAUUGGACAGGUUGUAGCUUGGCACAACUUUGCUUCUCGACGUGAAUUUGGUAAUUUUUAGAUGUGUUGGACGUACUUCUUUUGCACGAGGGUGCUGUUGCCUUGAAAUUAAUUGUGCACUUGCUAGUUUACUCAACUGCAAUUCAGUGUCAACUGAGCGUGCAGCCACGUUUUGUCAGUGUUUGCCCCCCCCCCCCCCCCUUUUUUUCCCCUCGUCUCGCUUUCUCUGAGGAAACUACCGCAGUGAGGGAGAGCAGUGUUAUUGUGCAGGUGAUGAGGCCACAGCUCCGCAAACUUGGCCUGCUGGCGUAUUGCUUUGGCGCCAAGCUGGAUCACUGGGCGUGGCGUGAUUUUGUAAAUAGACUAUUGCUGAGGUCUCUCCCGCAAGGAACGGGAUUUGUCAAGGGGUGCCCCCCUCCCCCUUCUGAGCGUGCAACGAAGUUUGCAGUGGUGCAAGGGGAAUUGGACGGAUGCGACGCUUCUCUUGAGAGAUGUCUCCCCCUCUCUUUUGUACAGUGACUUUUUAUUUCUUCUUGUAAAUGACAUCCCUUCUAAAGUGAUUCGACUGAGCACGCUCUUGUUGAGAAGAUUGAAUAAAAAAUGUGAACUUGGAAAA